GCAGCGCCGGUGGCAUCGACGAGCUUCGUAUUAAUUGAUGAGGAAGCCAUUACAGGAUUCAUUAAAAUGGAGUUUGAUGCCGAUGCGGGAGCAAAUAUUGUGAUUUAAAGCUCGGCUGUGCAGUUUUGCGGGAGAUGAAUCGCAGGAUAAUCACCCACAAAUGCCGACGUCUUCAAAACCUCAUCAUGACUCACAAACACACGAGCAGGAGGACGACGGGAGGCUUCAGCUGCAGGGACACACUAGAAAUCAGUUGUUGAUUCAAUUAUGAAGCUGAAUUUAUCAAAACAGGAGACCAAAGGCGAGCCAUCACAUCACCCACAGCCGACCAAUCAGGAGCCAGAGCGAGGCGAGGGGGCGGGGCUCGCCUGGAGAAGGCAGCGCAAUUAAACAGAGAGGAGCGCAAUUUAAAUCCAAAACGGCUCCGGACGCGCUGAGAGGCGGAAACACACACCGACACACACUCAGGCUCAGCCAGGCUCAGCGAGGCUCAGCGGGCGAGUGCAGGAGAAGUGUCCGCUGCCGAGGGACCGCAGUCCGGACAGGUUGGAGCGGAGCGCACGGUGCGUCAGGAGCAGUGUCCAUGUGUGCGCGGGGGACUCGCAGCUGAGCGGUCCGAUGGAAUGGUUCUGUUUACUCGGAUUAUCGUCGCUCUGAACUCGCUCUCCCCGCCGCGGCUCCUCCGGGGCUCCGUCCUCCCUCCGCGGCCGCCCACAGCGCUCCUUCUCCGGUCUUCAUAUGAGCGCAGCGUUCGCUCCGUCCUUCAUGGUGAUGCAGCGGCCACUCGGAAGCACCACCGCCUUCAGCAUUGACUCUCUGAUCGGGGGGCCCCCGCAGCCCAGCCCGGGACACUUCGUCUACACCGGCUACCCGAUGUUCAUGCCGUACCGGUCGGUGGUGCUGCAGCCGCCCCCGCCGCCGCCGCCGGCCCUGCAGCAGGCGCUCCCCGCCGGACACCACCCGCACCCGCAGAUGCCCAGCCUGCAGAGCGGCUUCUGCUCCAGCCUGGCACAGGGCCUGACGCAGGGCAUGGCGCUCACCUCCACGCUCAUGGCGUCGCUGCCCGGCGGCUUCUCCCCGUCCCAGCAGCACCAGGAGGCGGCCCGGAAGUUCGGCUCGCAGGCGCUGCACGCCGUGUUCGACAAAACUCAGGAGCUGCGGCUGGACGCGGAGGACGGGAAGAGCUUCCUGCAGGGGAAGGAGUCCGCGGGGCUGCCGGCCUUCCACGACACGGACACGGCGGUGCAGACCUCCACAGUCAGAGCUCACAGUAAAGACGAGUCCAAGGAGGACGACUGCGGCCGGAAGGACGAGAGCUUCUCCAUGGACUCCGACCUGGACUACAGCUCGGACGACAACCUCACGUCCAUGUGCCACAAGGAGGACGCGGACGGCGGCGGAGGAGGUCUGGACGACGGCCCGCACAUGCACGGUUCCGGCGGCGGCGGGUCCGGGGCGGGAGGCGGCGGCGGCGGGAAGAACCGGCGGCGGCGGACGGCGUUCACCAGCGAGCAGCUGCUGGAGCUGGAGAAGGAGUUCCACUGCAAGAAGUACCUGUCGCUCACCGAGCGCUCGCAGAUCGCGCAUGCGCUCAAGCUGAGCGAGGUGCAGGUGAAGAUCUGGUUCCAGAACCGGCGCGCCAAGUGGAAACGGGUCAAAGCCGGAAACGUCAACAACAAAUCCGGGGAGCCGUCCCGGAACCCCAAAAUAGUCGUUCCCAUCCCGGUGCACGUGAGCCGCUUCGCAAUAAGGAGUCAGCACCAGCAGAUGGAGCAGGCCAGACCGUAGAAGAAGAAGAGACUUCCGGAGAGCCGCCGAGCAAGGCAGCGAGGCUCGUGUCGAGGGUUCGGUUCUGAUUCUGAGCGACAUGUAGAUUAAAUCACACGAAUCAGAUUUAAAGAUACUUCCGGAUGAUUUGACUUCUGACGUCAACGUUUAAAUUAAUUUAAAUUAAACUGAACAGAUAAUGUGACGUCACCGACAGCUGAAGGAACCAGAAUCUGACCCGGUUCCUCCGAAGAGAAACAGUUAGAACAAUAUUUGAUUUCCGUGUUGUAAUAAAAACUGGAUUUUAAAAUGAAGCUGCUGAAAUUUAAUUUCAUCUGUUCAGUGAAUUCAUUUAGAAAAACGUCUCAGACUCAAACAGAAAUCAGAGAGUUGAUUUUAAACACGGACGAUUUUUAAAAGUCUCAUUAACAAAAGUUUUAAUUACACUUUUCACCCUGAUGACGUCAGUGAGAGGAAACUGCAGCGGCAAGAUUUUAAAUUUCGCCUUUUUUCAAACGGAGUCUGGUUUUAAUUCCCGAAAGACUUUUUUUUUUAAAAAUGACAGAUGAGUUCAGACGUCAUCAAUAUAUUGAUUACAGGUAAUUAAAACAAAUAAAUUAACACACAUGAAACCUCGACACGAGACUCAGCGGCGCGUGAAGCUGCGGGACGAACCGCAAAUCUGAUCUGAUCUGGAGCGACACCAAAUACUGUGCGUGAAGAAGAAGAGGAGGAGGAGGAGGACACGAGCUGACACCUCUCCUGUAAAUACACACGCGGGACCAAACUGCGGACAUCAGCGUGAUGACGUGUGCGCGUGAUUUUAACAUGUUGUUCUUUGGUUUCUUCUUCUUCUUCUUCUUCUUCUUCUCUGUUUCUGCUCCGCUCUCACGUCAUUUCUCCUCUUUUGGACAAAACGGACGCUGCUAAUUUAUUUAUAUAAAAAUGUGCAAAAGUAAGAAACAUUCCCCGAAGUAUGGAGGUAAAAAAGAAAAGAAAAGAAAGAUAUGAGUGUGAAUUAAACGAUGACACGUGCCCAGAUGUUCACAGCUGCUCUGUCUUCCUCAUUUAUUUAUUUCAGCUCAAAGUGUUUAAAUCUUUAAUAAAACACUUCUUCUCA